UGAAUGGAGUGUUUUCCACUCGAUUUUAAGUGAAAUUUUCCUCAUUAUCUACAAUAAUACAAUGUAAUUUAAGUAUAGUUUAAGUGAAAAAAAGUUAUGAAAGUUCGAAACUCGCAAGAAUUAUUCAGUUUGUGACAAAAGUGCGGCAAUCCUGUGAAGACAAUCGAGUGACUUGUAGUUAUCGUGGUCGUCAGGUGUGUGAUUACGUGACAACUAUUGUCUGCUCGCAGUACGUAUGACGAAGACAAGCAAGCCGAUGUAUCCUCUCGUGUAAUUGCUGGAGGUUGAAGAAAUAUGAACUCAUGGAUCCCAGAUCCCAGAUCGUGGUUAACUUUCGACUCGGAUUCGACCCUACACCGGACUGACUCGAUGGUAUCUCUUUGCUACCGAAACCUCACCAGUUAUAUUACCGACGACAACCUCGCGGGUCUUCAGAGCUAUCUCGAAAACAAGAGGGUUCAAGUCGACGAUCGAGAUGAGAAUGGAAGUACGGCCCUCGUAUUUGCAGCGAGCAAAGGAAAGUUACACUUUGUGCGAGAGCUUAUUAACCAUGGAGCAGAUGUCAAUGCCGAGGACGCAGACAACUGGACCGCGUUGUUGUUUGCGGCAAAGGAAGGAUACGUGGACGUCUGCCUCGAACUACUCGAUCAUGGAGCCAACCUGGAGCACCGCGAUAUGGGUGGAUGGUCAGCCCUUAUGUGGGCGACUUACAAAGGCAAAACGAACACAGUCUCGCUUUUGCUGUCAAAAGGUGCGGAUGUCAAUGCUCAUGGGAAUUACCACAUAUCUUCCCUGUUGUGGGCUUCGGGUAGAGGAUAUCCCGAAAUUGUCAAGGAUCUCCUCGCACACGGCGCGAAGGUCAACGUCGGCGAUAAGUAUGGAACGACAGCACUCACCUGGGCAUGUAGAAAAGGAAACAUAGAGAUCGUAGACACUCUACUGAAGGCUGGAGCUACUGUCGACACAGCAGGAAUGUAUUCCUGGACGCCCCUGCUGGUUGCAACCCUCGGCAAUCACAUCGAUGUCGUAAUUUUACUGCUCGAGCAUAAACCUAACGUAAAUGCUCUUGACAAGGACGGUGCCACCGCUCUCAUGAUCGCUUGCAGAGAAGGUUACCAUGAAAUAGUAAAUGCACUUGUAAACGCGGGUGCCUAUAUAAAUGUCCAGGACAGAUCUGGCGACACGAAUCUGAUUCAUGCCGUCAAGGGUGGACACAGAGGAGUAGUUGAAUCGCUUUUAAAAAAAUACGCCGACGUUGACAUCGCCGGCAAGGAUAAGAAAACCGCAACUUACAUUGCAGUAGAGAAAGGCAAUAUAGCGAUAUUGAAAUUGUUACUAAGCGCCAAUCCAGACCUAGAAAUUGCAACAAAGGAUGGUGACACUCCACUGCUGAGGGCUGUCAGGUCGAGAAAUGCUGAAAUGGUUCAGCUUCUUCUCGACAAGAAAGCCAAGGUGUCGGCCACUGACAAGAAAGGCGACACGGUCCUUCACAUUGCCAUGCGCGCCAGAUCGAAAGGCAUCGUCGAAAUUCUCCUCAGGAAUCCAAAGAAUAGUCAAUUGCUCUAUCGACCCAAUCGUCAAGGCGAGACGCCUUACAACAUCGAUGUCAAUCAUCCCAAAACAAUUUUAGGACAAAUUUUUGGUGCUCGUCGGCUAAAUACAAACGAGGACAACGAAAAUAUGCUGGGUUAUGAUCUUUACAGCAGUGCUUUAGCCGAUAUUCUUAGUGAACCUUCUUUAUCAACACCAAUCACUGUCGGUCUUUAUGCCAAGUGGGGUUCCGGAAAGUCUUUUCUUCUUAAUAAACUGCGAGAGGAAAUGAAGAAUUUUGCAAGGCACUGGAUCGACCCAGUAUUCCAGUUUUCUUCCUUGCUCUUCGUCGUAGUCUCACACGUCUCUGUUUUAAUUGGAGUCACUCUAGGUCUCGCCUUACAGUCUUGGAUAAUUGGAUUAUCAACUGGUGCUGGUUUAAUCGUCCUCGUCUACGUCUUCCUAGUGCUGAUAUGGCACUUCAAUAAAAAACACGAUUGGUACUGGCCCUACAGUUUCACCGUGGCUCUCAGUACAAAAUUAAACUCCCUGAAACUUUUGCUUCAAGUGACAUUCUGUCAUCCGCCAACGGGCGAAGUUCACGAUGGCAUUACAGUACAACCGAUCAAAUUUUACUUUACCGAUCAAACGAAAGUCGGCACAACAACUGCCGGUGAAAAUGCGGUUGUACAAAUGGUAGGAUCUCUCUAUGAUUCCAUCGAGGGAGAUUUUGGUUCUCUGGCGACUCGUUUGUACCGAGCCUUCAGACCGAAACCCCUCAAAACGACAAACCCCUGGAAAUGGAGACGGAUGUGCUGCUUGCCCUAUGUCGUUAUAUUCGAACUUUGCUUCAGCAGCUUCCUUGUAUUAAUCUCAAUACUCUCUGUCUAUCUCGUCGAUAUAUCCACCGACACAGUCACUAUUGAGCCCUUUACGGCACAUAUGAUAAUGCUCACCGUUGCGCUCUUGUUGUCUGUUAGCCUAAUUGCAAAUUUGUACACCUGGAGUAGGACACUUCGGGCACUAUUUUUCUCCCAAAGGAGACACCUUCAGCGAAGCAUAUCCAAAUUGGAAACUUUAAAAAGUGAAGGCUUUCUGCAAACUCUGAAACGUGAAGUGAAUCUUAUGACGGAUAUGAUCAAGUGCCUCGACAGUUUUAGUUCUCAACAAAGCAGACUAGCAGUUAUAGUCGAUGGCCUGGACAGUUGCGAGCAGGAUAAGGUUUUGCUAGUUCUGGACGCGAUUCAAGCCUUGUUCAGUGACAACGGUUGUCCCUUUAUCGUCAUUUUAGCGAUCGAUCCUCACAUCAUCGCCAGGGCCGUGGAAGUCAAUAGCAGAAGGCUAUUUAUCGAUUCAAAUAUAGGUGGUCAUGAUUACCUUAGAAACAUGGUUCACCUACCCUUUUAUCUACAAAAUAGUGGCUUGCGAAAGGUGAAAGUUGCUCAGCAGACCGCGCAACAUACGAAGAAAACGGUUUGGACUGAGGCAGAGGAAAGUGUGAAUUAUGCCGCAUCGGGCGCGAUCAGUCGAUCAGUUUCUAAUAGACGACUGAGCACCGAAUCGGGCGUGAUGACCAGCAACGAGAAACUGAAACCACCGAGUAGAAAAGGCAGCCGAAAAUUGCGCCUGAGCGAGUCAAUCGCCAGCAGCAUUGGCAGCAAUCUAAAUCGGCUCGGAGGUGCCCAAGAUUUGAAUAAGAUGCUUCUCACGGAUGAUUACUUCAGUGAUGUUAAUCCCAGAAGCAUGAGAAGACUCAUGAAUGUCGUCUACGUUACUGGACGGUUACUCAAAGCAUUCCAAAUCGAUUUCAACUGGUAUCACCUCGCUAGUUGGAUCAACAUCACUGAACAGUGGCCCUUCCGAACUUCCUGGCUAAUUCUUUACUUUGACACCUGCGAAGAAAAUUUGGACGACUCGAUGUCGCUUAAAAGCCUUUACGAUAAAGUUCGACCCCAGAUUCCAGUUUUAAAAGAUGUUCAGCCCCUGCUUGACAUGGAUAGAGACGAGAGGAAACUUGACGUUUUUCUGACCUUUCAUCGAUCCAGUUUGCUGAUCAGCGAUAUGAAGAUAUUUUUGCCCUUCACAAUCAACCUCGAUCCUUAUAUUAAGAAAAGGAUUAAGGAGGAACAGCAGAGCUUGGAGGACGAUUCGAACCAAGCAUACUUCAAAUCAAUUCAUCCCUGGAAUGUGGUCGCUGGUCCCCACGAACCCUGGUCUAGUAGAAGCGUUUUGACCAAUAGAGCAUCCAGAAAUGGCAAAGCGACGAUUUCCCAGCCGAAUAAUCUACCCAACUCACAUGCUUGGACUGUCCAGCCUCAUUUUGAAUGGCCAUAUCCACAGUGGCAACCGCCUCCGAUGGAGCCUCUGCAGAAACCAAUCUCUGCCACUACAACUUUACCUCCCGAAAUUUUGGACACGAAACUUUCAAGUUUAUCAGUGAAUGGAUUAUGCGAAUUGCUCGAGAAAAUUGAGGACCUCAAUCCACAUCAACUGCAGCGUUACAAGGAAAUUAUUAAGCAGAAUAAUAUAACUGGAAGGGUUCUACUUCACUGUGAUUUGCAGGAGCUCAAAAAAGUACUUAAAAUGUCCUUCGGCGACUGGGAACUAUUUCGAAUGGUGGUGGUUUCUCUACGAGAACAGGAACUUUCAUCAUUCACGACUCACGAAGAAGGACCCCGAAGUGUUCGUUUUUCCGUUGGAAGUGAACAAAUAAACAGAAAAGACCACACUGCAGUCAAUCCACCGAGGGUGACCCCAAUUAUCGAGAAGGAAAAGAUAACAUCGAGAACUGAUGGUCCAUCAAGAAGAGACCAAGGCAAACAAUCCAUUAUGGAAAAACAAGUAACAUUAGAGGAGCAAAUGAUUUGUGGCGCGCUUCAAACAUUAAAUGAAGAAGCUUGCGAGGACGUUCUAGAUGUGCCAUCGCCCAAUCCAGCGCCCACGGACUCACAUCCAGGUGAUCGCGCCAGAUCAAGAACAUCGAGUAUAUCAGCUCCGGAUACAGAAUAUGUGAUUCUACAGUCGAACCCUCUUCUGCACUGGGUGCCAGUUCAGGACGAUUUCGAGAGUACGGAAGGCAGUUCGCUGGGCUCGAAUAGUCUACAACGAACCGAUUCCCAACGAAGUAUAGUUUCCCAAUUGAGUAUAAAAUCGACCUGUUCCUACAAUCGUCGAAAUUCUUCAAGAAGUGCGAGCAGCAGACCCUCUUCUCUUCUAGCUUCUCCUCCAGCAUCCCCUCGGCCAGCUUUCCGGUCAAAAUCGAUCGACGACAACUACACCGUCUACGAUCCUCAGAAAUUCCAAAAAUCCAGAAAUUCUAAUCCCAAUAUCGGUCAGAAUUUGCCCUUAAUUUCCAUGCCUGUCCCUGUCACCACCUUUGGAAAGUUCAGCAAACUCAAGGGUCGUUUUGCAGGCUCGUCAAAUCAAAAUCCGCAAAAAGGAGACGAAAGUGACGACGAGUCGACACCCUUAGUUUCGGAACUUUCCUCCCCCGCGCAUUCCAAUUCCGACAGUGUUUUUAGAAAUGAUUUUAGCCCGGAUAACAGUAGUGAUUUUUCGCUCUCCUCGGGAAAAAGUAUUCCGAAAGGGGGAGAGCAGUCUUUGGAGUUCAAACAUUCGGAUUCGAUGAAUCUUAUCCUUCGAGAAAACUCGGGUGCGAGACUCCUUUCAAGGCAAAAUGCGGAAGACUGGGAGAAUCCAGAGACACCGGUCUGAUACUUUUUUUUUUAUUUAGGGAUCUUAAUUUUUUUAGUUUAGUUUAGAAUUUUAUUUUAGAAUCAGAGCUUUUCUACUUGUAAUCUCUAGAUUGAUGGAAAAAAUAACUUUGCUCGUGAUCAUGACCAGUGAUAUUUUUUAUUAACAUUUUUUUUAAUGUUCUUUAUAGUCCGGCCUAGGUAAAAUAUGUGAUCAAAAUUUUGGAAUGUUUAGUUGAAUUAUGAAAAGUUUUUUUAUAAACACCUUGUAGGAGGAUCCUUCAAAUAGUGGAUAAUCAGUGAUUAAAAAUAUUAAUAUUUGUAAAAUAAUUUAUUUUAUCUAAUUAAUAUUUAAGACACUAUACGUGCUCAUAAAUUAAAAUUAGAAUUAAUUUCUUUUUCUUUUAUUUGUGCUCUUAAUUAAUGAUUAUCCACUGUAAACAGGUUUCCCCUAAGUCAAAUCGAAGAGGAAAUCUUGAACUUUUUCUCGAUUUUUUUAGAUUCAUGGUAAUUAUGAAGGAGGUAUCCUGUGAGUUUUGUUCUUUCUUAACUAUUCCUUCAUAUAUAAAACUUUUUUUUAUAAUAUAAAAUAAAUUUGUUUUAAAUUAACUAAAAUCAUAUAUGUACAAAAUGUAGUUUAAAGCAUUAUAAUUUUUUUUCUUCAAAUUAUUUAAUUUUAAAUCUUUUAGAUUUAACAUAACAAACUUCAUGAAAUUAUGAUUUUUUUUAGUCCGUUUAAACUAAUUUUGCUUCAUGGAGAAAGGCA